GUCAAUGUCAUUCAGUAUGAGGUUAUGUAUUUGUUUUGAUCGAUUUCUUAUAUUGUAAUUUAUCAAAAAAUGAGUGAUAACGUGCCCCUUUUUCGAGACUUAAAUGCCGACGAUGCGGAUCCGGAGGCCACCGUAGUAGAGUCGAUGUGCGUUAACUGUGGGGGCAACGGCCAAACCAGACUCCUCUUGACAAAAAUCCCCUUUUUCAAAGAGGUGGUGCUGAUGUCGUUCAGUUGUGACCAGUGCGGUUUCGAAAACAACGAGAUCACUUCAGGCAGCGUCAUACCUGAGAAAGCGGUAAAGAUCACCCUGAAGGUUAACGAUAAGGCCGACCUGAAAAGACAAUUAGUCAAAAGUGAUCAUACUCGUGUGGAAAUACCCGAGUUGCAGUUUGAAAUUCCUUCUAAGAGUCAAAAGGGAGAAAUCACUACUGUGGAGGGUGUCAUUGAUAGAAUCAUUAGGGGGUUGCAACAAGAUCAACCUCAAAGGAGGGAGGAACAUCCGGAGGUUGCCGAAAAAAUUGAUGGUUUUAUUAAGACCCUCGAGGAGUUAAAAGACUUUGAGAGGCCAUUUACUUUGAUUCUCGAUGACAUAUCGGGUAAUAGUUUCAUAGAGAACCCGAUCGCCCCAAAAACAGACCCCAAUUGCACCUACGAAUAUUAUCGCAGAAAUAAAGAACAGGACCACGAACUGGGUAUUUUUACCCAAGAAGAGGUCACCGGGGAAAAAUCGAUUUUGCACCCCAUUAAAGAGGGCGAAUACUCCUUGGAGGAGAUCCAGGGCGAGGUGCUGCAGUUCCCCACCAAUUGUCCCAGCUGCGGUUCACCAUGCGAAACUAACAUGAAGAUGACCAACAUUCCUCAUUUUAAGGAGGUCAUCAUCAUGGCCACCGUUUGCGACGUCUGCGGCAUCAGAACCAACGAAGUAAAGUCCGGCGCCGGAAUCGAACCCAAGGGGGUCAAAAUCGAGGUACUCGUAAAGACCAAAGAGGACCUCACCAGGGACGUACUCAAGUCCGAAACUUGCGAAUUGGCAAUUCCCGAGUUAGAUUUGACCGUGGGACCCCACGCUUUAGGCGGAAGAUUCACCACAGUCGAAGGUUUAAUUGUGGCCAUAAAAGAGCAACUCAGUGAUCCAUCUACUGCUCAUAUUUUUGGCGAUUCUGAGGCCCCAGAGACCAAAGAGGGCUUCUCGAAGUUUCUGAGUCAGCUCGAUGAGGUUUUGGAGAAUAAAUCUUGUGUCACACUUGUAUUGGAUGAUCCUUGCGGAAACAGUUAUAUCCAGAGUAUGAGAGAUGACGACCAGCCAGAUGAGCGACUGAAAAUCACCCAUUACGAGAGAACAUUUGAGCAAAACGAGGAACUGGGCCUUAACGAUAUGAAAACUGAAGGGUACGAGGAGCACUGACACGUUCUGUUAAUAAAGUUUUACUCAGAAAUAUAUUUUAUGUAAUCUUA